UCGCUUAGCUAGGUCCUUGAGGGCUCUCUACCAGCAACCUCUUUUCACUAGCUGUCAUGGCCUCCAGUAUAGAUCUUGUCAUCUUGCUUCUCUGGAUUCUUCACAGUGGAGGCACUUUCGAAGUACAACAAGAAUCUUUAAUCCAGACUGCUUUUGCCAACGAACAAGUGAAUACAAACUGCAAAGUUAUCUUUCCUUAUAAACCAGAAUAUACAGACUUUGAAAUUAUUUAUUACCGAAUUAACUCAGAAGGUGAGAGAAACACAGUUCACACAUCGACAUUUUCUGAAACAAUCCCUCCUGGAAAAGAGAACACCACAGCGACAAAAAUGUGCAGCAUUUCUAUCAAACCUACCGAACAUACCUCUGCAAGUGGUGCUUACUACUGCCAAGCUAAGUGGAAAGAUAGAGAAAAACAAGGAAUGGGGACUUUUAUCCUUUUUAGAGACAGAGGAUACACUGAGCCUCUCCUUGCUACGUGGAUGUGCAUCAUCACCCUUACAGUUGUUCUGGCUGCUGUGAGUAUCGUGGGAACAGUACUGCUGUUCUGGAAGAGAGAGGUGGUAUGUCUUUGGAGGAAGAAGGCUGAGAAGCGCCCAGCUCAGGGAUCAGAACCUGAACACUCUACAAGCCGCUCAGAGCUUCCAGGGUCCCUCUAUGCUGCCUUAGGACCUCAUGAACCUGACAUCUAUUCAGUCAUUGAGGACAAAUCAUCACAGAAAAAGGAGCCUACACCUAAGGUAUCUUACCAGAAAACACAAGAGGAAAUCUCUGAUGUCGUGUAUGAGAACUUCUAAUCUGCCUUCACAGCUCAAAAGAAGGUUCUUGUUUCCCUCUGUAAAUAAAUAUGGAACAAAC